UUAUUUUGCAUUUUUCCUUGGGUUCUCCGCUUCUACUUGUGUUUACUGUUACAUUACAGAUAAUCGGUGUCUCGGUCGUUCUAUGCAAUCUAGAAUUUUAAUAAUACCAGCUUCUAGGUACAAGAAGGUUCCUGGUGGUUCCUGGUACCUUUUUGUGAAGAGCUCAGUGAACUUGUGAGCCUCGCGUGACGCAAACCAACUGGUCCAUGAAAUGCUGGUGUACGGAGACGACGUGUACACAUGGAACUCCGUAGACGUCCUCGUCGACGGCCAGCUGCAGUACGGCCGCGUUAUUAACGUGGCAGAGGGUGGUCUGAUCAUUGAUUUCCACUGUGCGGGGCAGCGCGCGCAGUUCGUCGAAUACGGUCGCAUCUUCCAGUGCCGCGACUCCCACGCCGUCGUUUUUGAUUUUCGCUCCAAAAUCUACCGGACCAGUGAGGGCCGGGAGCCCGUGUACGACACGGACGCGCAGGUCCUACUGCGCGCUUCCCGCGAGGCCCCCUGGAUCUUGUAUCCGGGGAAGAUUGGCGAUUACGGCUGCGAUGAAUCGCUGGUGGUGGAGGUGCGGUUACCGAGCGGUAUGGUUAGGGAACUGCUGCCCUGCCAACAAAUACGCGUGCCGCUGUCGGAGGAGGAUUGGGCGCAGCGGCUGAUCGUGGAGAAGCAGUUUGUCAUCCGCUACUGCCCAAUACCGACUGCCUGUCGGUUAAAGAAUUCUUCGCUCCUGGAAAUCUUCCAGGGCAGCUUGCAUAUGCAGUAUCACGCACGGAUUACGGCGGUGUUUAGCGGUGCGGUUCUCUAUAUGAACCGCGGUGCAGGCAAUCCGCUUCACGCUGAUACACUGGAACGCCUGUGCGCCACGGCGCAGUUGGGCGUGGACUACAUGAACUCGCCGCGUUUGCCAUUUCUUGAGAUGCAGGUUCUGCACCGCAUAAGCGAUCCCCUCGAUGGUCUGCCGUUGCCGGCGGAGUUAUUACUGGAGGUCUUCCGCGCACGGGACUGCAUCGGGCGCGUCCGCUGUCGCCGCGUGUGCGCACUAUGGAACAGCCUUCUCACCACCGAUGCCUACUUCCCCGAUGUUCGCGUUUCUGGUCGGGAAGACGACUAUCGCGCCCACGGGCUGCCUCUCGGGGUUGUCCUCCCCAGUCACUGGCUGGUCACCGGCUUGAUGAAAUGCGUGAACAACCGCACGCAGACGGUGGUUAUCACGGGUCUGCGCUUCCGUCUGUGCCGGCGCAUCCCCAAACUGAUCCGUCGCCUUCACCGCCUUAAAACGCUGGUGUUUUAUAGGUGCGAGUUUGGCCAAUAUGAGAACCCGGAAUAUAUCAACGUGACCAUCGAGCACAUGUUAAACAUGCAGCUGUUCGCCACGUGUCGACGCGUGGUGUGGAAGAAGUGCGACGUAUACGAUUACCACUUGCAGGCGUUUGUUGCAAGGCAGGCCAUCGACGUCCAGCCGGACGGUGGGCUGGAGAUGCAGCUGUGGGAUCUCUUUGAGAAGAACCUGGUUUUGAAGAAACCGGUGGAUUUGCAGGCGCUCGUGGAAUGGGUGGACACUGUCGCCAUGUACGACCGGACGCUCCUGGACGAAAUUUUCGAGGUACUGUGGAACUAUCAGAGUGCAGACCCGCGUGGCGACGCUGUCCGUUGCACGCGCCGCGAGAGACUGGCGAAAUUCAGCGAGGAAAUGGAUGUUAGCCUGCUGACCACGAUGACCGCGGCGGUGUUGCAUGAAGGCAUCGCUCGGCUGCACUAGUUUUGGGAGACUUCUCCCAAUAUGAUACCUUUGGUCAAAAUGGUAAUAUGCCAGUUAAGGCGAGACUGCGGUGAUGACUGUGCGUUCUUCAGUUCUAUCCCAGUUCCGCCACUCUCCUGUUUCACGGAGUUGUACGACAACUUGUACCACGAUGUGGACUGGGAAUUCGGUUAAGUACAGUGCUAGUACGGUGUUUUUUACUAGUGCGGUACGAUGUUUUCUGUGG